CAGGAUACAUCCAGGCAACAAAGGCUGCGGUUCCUGUUACUCAGCAGCCUCAAAAACUCAAACCAACUCCUGCAAGGAAUGCGAAUCUUGGAGCUCCCAGCUAUUCUGUUCCUGUUUCCGUCAGCUCCUUCCCUGAAAACUCAGAGGUGCUCAGCAUGCCAUGCUAAAAGGCAAAAUACAAAGAUCUUGGAGACAUCUCAGCUUUAAUGAGGACUUUCCAACAUUCCAGACUGCUGUCCUGCAAUGAAGCUCUGAGUCAUGGUCUGUGGGGCUAAGGUACUGGCAACAGUGUGAACCCCAGGACAACUAACCUCACUAACCUUCACUCUAAGCAGAAACCAAAAGUGAGUCUGGCCUGAAAUCAGAGCAAGCACUACAGAAAGACAUCUUUGUUAAUGGAAAGAGGAAAGAAGAAAAGAAUUUCCAAUAAGUUACAACAAACUUCUCACCAUUCUAAAGAACCCACUUUCCUUAUCAACCAAGCUGGGCUUCUCUCUAGUGACUCCUAUUCUAGCCUUUCGCCAGAAACAGAGAGUGUUAAUCCUGGUGAAAAGAUAAAGACAGACACUCAGAAAAAGAGACCUGGGACUGUGAUACUAUCAAAACCGUCAAGUAGAAGAAUUAUAUCGGAAAGCCAGUUUAGCCCCCCUGUGAUCCCGGCCCGCAGGCCUGGAUUCCGGGUGUGCUAUAUCUGUGGUCGAGAAUUUGGGUCCCAGUCAAUUGCCAUUCAUGAACCCCAGUGCUUGCAGAAGUGGCAUAUUGAAAACAGCAAGUUGCCCAAGCACUUGAGGAGGCCAGAACCCUCCAAACCACAGUCCCUCAGCAGCAGUGGGUCCUACAGUCUUCAGGCAACUAAUGAGGCUGCAUUUCAGAGUGCCCAGGCUCAGCUACUGCCCUGUGAAUCCUGUGGCCACACAUUCUUGCCAGAUCAUCUUCUUCUUCAUCACAGAAGCUGCAAGUCAAAGGGUGAGGAUCCCAGAGCACCAUACUCUAACAGUUCUGAUCAUCUUACUGGCCUCAAGAAAGCUUGUAGUGGAACCCCAGCCCGACCAAGGACUGUUAUCUGCUACAUUUGUGCCAACAAUGAUACGGCGUCCACCAGCAGUUGUUUGCUACAUUUGUGGUUGUGAAUAUGGAACAAAAUCUAUUAGCAUUCAUGAGCCACAAUGUCUGAAAAAAUGGCAUAAUGAAAACAACUUGUUGCCUAAAGAGUUAAGGAGACCAGUACCUAAAAAACCAGAAGUCAGGACCAUUACUGCCAAAGGCUUCUAUGAUCUUGAUGCUUUAAAUGAAGCUGCUUGGACAAGUGCCCAGAGCCAGUUGGUUCCCUGUAAUGUUUGUGGGCGUACCUUCCUGCCAGACAGACUGAUUGUUCACCAACGAUCUUGUAAACCCAAAGCUGCCAAGUAAAGCCCUUUUCUCUCUA